AUGAGCAAUAACUCAUUAAUAUUAGGUAAUUUUAUUCCAUCAUCAUUUCUUGAACAAUCAACACCUAUUCGACGAGUAACAAGUACUAGUAGUGAUUCAGGAGAUAGUGGAGUUGAUCCAUCAUAUCGACAAGAACGAAAAAUAUUUGUUGGUGGUGUUCCAUCAUCUGUUGGACCAGAAGAAUUGGCUCAUUUUUUUCAAUCAUAUGGACAAGUUGAAGAAGCAUUUAUCAUUUAUGAUCGAUAUAAUGGUCGACAUAGAGGAUUUGGUUUUGUAACAUUUGCAGAUAUGUCUACAACAAAAGUUGUUUGUUCUACACGAAUUUUUAAUCUUCAUGGACGAAAGAUUGAAUGUAAACGAGCAUUAAAACGUGAAGAAAUUUUAGGUACAAAUGAAAAUGAUUAUAAAUCUUUUCGUCCAAAUAAAACUUGUCCAUCUCCACCAGUUACAUCAAAUUCAAUUCCAACAAAUCUACCAUUAUGUCCAACAUCAAUUCCAAUGUCAUAUGGACAAUAUCGUCAAUUACCACCUGGAAUAAUUAAUACACUUAGUGGUUGGAUUGUUAAUCCAUCAAUGCAAACAAUACCACAAAUGUUUCAUCCUAUGUUUAAUCCUAAUCAACAAUAUGCUGUAUUUCCAUUGUCAACAAUCAUGUGGAAUAAUCCAUAUCAACAUCCAACAAUGCAAUCACCGUUUAUUCAAGAGAUAAUGGUUCCAUCAUCACCACCAUCAGCAGCAAUGAUGAAUUUAUAA